CGUUUAAAGAAUGGUGAUGCUAUUUUAGAAAAGGUGACACUACCAGGCGAAAAAUCAAGAUGGUUUGCUAUUUGUAUGUUGGCUAAUUGUUAUCAACCAUUUGCAUGGCCGUAGCUAAUAAUGUUCUUAAGGGGGACUUUAGACUCGUGUCCCAGGUCUCGUGUCCCCUAAGGAGGACUUGCGUCCCCAUUUUAUUUCAAUUUAAACUCUUUAUACACAAUAUCCCUUCAGCUUACAAACCCAAUAAUAAAAACAAAUAUAAUGCGGUAAUUACAUAAAUACAUAUAUAAAACCGAAUCUACAUUUUAGUACAACAUUUAACGAAGCUAGAGUGAAUUGAAAUAUCUACAUAGCAGCUGCUCUACCAGGAAGUUGUGUUAUAAUAAUUAUGACAACUAUGAAAAUCCUUUGUUUUCCCGUAUUAAUUUUGCUUUAUUGUUCUCAAUAGUACCUUCCCUCUUAAAUUUGUACUAUGGGUGGUAAAUAAGUCUAAGAUUACAAUAUUUUAAUGCAAAUGCUUCAAUGAAUAUAGCAUUUAUAGAGUCAGAAUACAAAAAGGCCAGACUACCUAAAAUAAUAUACCCUAGAUCCAGCAAUUAAACUUACACCAAACCCAAGUCAUACAGUAUAUUGAAUCUGACAUGGAUACCCCGUGUAACCAAGUGAUUAGAAAGCGUAGUUAUUUGAUAAAAUUGAGAACCUCUUCGUGAAAGCAGGGCAAAUUAGGGCUCGUUUUGCAUUAACAAGGAUGCUGAGCACCAAAUAGUUUCCCUUGGCAUAGAUGUUAAUUGGAAUGAAUUCUGGAUAGUUGUAAACUUUCUCUAAUUUUGAAGGGGGGGAUAACUUAUUUGAGAAGCAAAAUUCGAUCACCAAACAACAGGACUGGUGCCCAUAAAAGGUGGAGAAAAAAUGAGCCGGGUAAAAAGUCAUAAAAACAUGAAAUUAUAAGAAGCUUGGUUUAAAGUGGUCUAAUGCACAAAAUAUUGUAAAAAGGUUGUAGUCAACUACCUAUUUGUUUCAAAGUCUGACAACAUAUGCUUGAAGACAAUUAUGUUGAAAAGGAUGGGUUUAUUCAAUACUCAGUUCUAGAUUGAGGGCUCGAGUAUUCGAAAUCGAGAGGGAAGCUAAUCGUGAAAUAACACUAUUCACAAUUACACAUUUUUAAUAAGAACUUCCAAAAUGCUUAAUUCUUGAAAUGUUCUAGUUGUUGAAAAAAUGUGUUAAAAUGUUAUUUUUAUGUUCUCAAUUCUUAAUCAUAUGACGCAGGAGUGGACAAACUACACCCAGCCAGCCCGGGAGGGGAAUUUUUGUGGCCCAUGAACAAAUGAAAUUAUAUUUAAAAAGGUAAUUUAUGCAAAUGGAAAACAAUUAAUUUUUUGGAAUCCUAAACUUAACUCUUAACGCAACUUUGCCGUUUGAAGAAUCAAGUACGAAUUUCACACUCUUCAAUUAAUGCUGAUAUAGAUAAACUUGACUUGAAACAAUGUCAGAUAUUAAAUUAAAACUACAUGAAUUUUCUUUCUGCAUUGCUUUUUAUUGAUGCGUAUAGUAAUUUUGAAGAAGAUUUUAUCACAAUUCUUUGUUGCAUAAAUAUAGAAAAUUAGCUUUUAUUUUUGUAAUUAUCACCGUUCUUUGUUAACUUCCUUGAAGUGCAAAAUAUAUUGAAUUUAUUACGUUCUGAUCAGUCUAAGUUUUAUGUAGGUUUAUAAAAGGUACAUUGUAGCUGCUCCAAAAUCGAGAAUUGAAGUUUUAUCAUUAAUUCUGUCAUUAUAAGACGACUGUCGCUGUUGUUUGUAUGUUGUUGAUCUAGAUAGCCUUUGGCUCGCUUGAAGAAAAGGCUUUUAGAGACCUUGUCUAUUUCUGAUAUAAAGCAUUCGUAUUUUUAAUAUCCGUGUUCUAAAGUACCCGUUUUCUUAUAAAAUAGAUAUCGAUAUAUAUUGAGAAGGCUUGAAAAGAACAUCCAAUCUUCCGUUCAUUUUUCACUCCAAACACCAAUUUUCAUCUACUAUCGUCUUCGUCUGUAUUUAAUUUACGUCAACAAAAGCUUCGGAAUGUUUUUAUUAUUUCGCCAAAUUUAGUCUUACCGUUCUUAAGACCAAAGGGCAUCCCAAUUCCCAACGCUUGUAAGAAGUUCUUAAUUUUGCUAUUUUGAGGGUUGUUUUCUUAUAAGCAAUUUUUUAAAAAUGGACGGACUAUUUCUCUGCGAAAGCUGGAGAAUCAUUAUUCUUAAUAAGGAAAUCUCUGAUUGGAGUGAGCUAUUUAAGAAAUUUUAUGAAUGAAAGGCACUGCAUAAUAUGGUCUCAACAUGGUCUCAGCCAGUUCUGAGAUCUUGACCUCAUGAUCCUUGCUUACUGUUUCAUGCGCAUGCGUUUCAAGUUGUGGCGCCAGGUUUCGAAGAUGUUGUUGUUAGUUGUCGAAAGUUGAAAAAUUGUGUGCCAAUGCCAAGGCACGAUAAAAACAUUGUUCAAGAUGGAAUAUUUCCAAGUAAUUUAGGCUUUGACGAAAAUGGCAGAACAAGGAGGCAUUGACCUAAGAGAAAUCGUCAGAAAAACAGGUCAUCAAAUAGAAGAAAUACGUCUGAGAGCAUUGGAAAACAUACUGUCCAAACUAAGAAAUCAAAUAAUAUUUAUUGAAGACUUGGUCCAUCAUAGAGAGCUGAUUGUUAAUUUGAUGCAAUGGUUUAACUAUGAAAACCCACAAAAAGUUGUUGAAGUGUUACAAUUAAUUGAAAAUCUUUCAAAGCAUGGUGCAGCUGCCUCAAUUUUGCAGUCUGUUGGUGCUAUAGAAUUCUUCUCAAUGAUGAGGCAAGAUCUAGAAGAUAAGGAGCACUUGGAACACAUUGACAGCAUUCUUAAUAGCAUAUUUUGGGUUCAAGCAGAAAGGAGAGAUGAGCACAUUGAUCAUAAUAGUUUGACAGAAGAAAAUAGCUUUUAUGCAACUUCUGUGAUUCAGGAUGGAUCAUCAAAAAUUAACAAGGUAAUAAAUCAAAGUAUGAAGUCCACUGAAAACAAAAGUGUCCAUUCAAAUUUGUCAACAUUGGCUAAUUCAGUGCCAAAAGAUGAUAGCAAAACACAGCUCUCUGCAAAUUCUGUCAAAUGGACAAGAAAGACACCAGACAUUCAGGGUACAAAAGAGGAGGAUGUUGAUACAGGAAGUUCUGUAGUGUCAUCAGAAUGGAUUGUUCUAACAUCAAGUGACAGACACAUAUUGUCAGUAACAGAAACUCGUCUACAGAGCCACAGUAUAGAAAUAGUGAGCCAGUCCUGUGAAUUCUUCAAAGAUGUACUGCUACAAGAUUUUCCGUCCCAUAUUUUUAUUCAGAGGCCAAAUUUAGUUAAGACACUGCUUGGCUUACUGGAAAGCUAUGCUAUAAAAGAUGAAGAUGUUGUUGCUAUGUUGCUGGGCUGUUUGAAUCAGUUAACGCUCGAGCUUUAUAAGUCAUCACUUCAAGAAACAAACCCUGAUCUGCUGCAAAUUUCGAAAAUUAACGAAGUUUACAGUUCGACUGAGUCAUCAGUUCACACUGAAAUAUCAAGCCUGCAUAGCCGGACAACAAGCUUGAAUGAAGUUGGAACUCCAGUAGAAGCAACAAGCUCAACUGAUAGAGAUUUUAAGUCAAAUGGGGAUAGUGAUGCAGAUGAAUUUGAAAGUGAACUAUUAACUGAAGCCUUGCAACAGACUCAGUGGAGCAUAUUGGAUUAUUGCCUUGAAGUAAUUUCUAGUGCUAUCAGCCUUUCACUUUUUUCUGUGCAAAGUGCUAAGCGAUGCGAUGACGUCAUUUUGUUUCUAAACAAUACGCUGGAUGUUCUUAGUCUUUGCAAAGUCGAUUCGAUUUGGAACGGAAAUAACGAUAGAAAGGUUUAUGACGUCAUGACUUGUUUGCGCCACAUCAGCGACCUUAUUCAGCUUUGUCUUGAAACAAAAGAUCAUUUUGUAUCACAGCUAGAGGCUGCAACCGACAUUGCAAGCAUCUUCAGUUUCCUGGCUAACUCCGUGGCUAUAUCAAUUCGUUUUGUCAACCUUUGUGUACCACCUGAGCGGGUAUUCGAAGCGGUCCCGGAAAGCCUUCUUGCCUGUUUUAAAAAAAUCUGUGCAGACGAAAUCCUUUCUCAAUAUUAUCCAGCUAUCAGGAAUUCGCUUCUUGCUAUAUUGAGAAAUGCAGAGGAAAACUUCUACGAAAACUUCAAGUUAGCGGCCUCUGUUAUUUCAUCAAUGAAAACUGUGAAAGGUUUCGUGGAAGAAGCUAAAAAUAUGGAAUCAAGUUCGAGCCCAAAGCUUAUCAAACUUUUGGAUAUUUGCCGCGGUUCACUGCCCAGUGUCGGAUUUCACCGCUGUGAGGCCUUCAUCAGCUCUUCUCUGAGACUUGUUAGUCUCCUUUAUAAGUCACGUGAUCAACCUGAUGACGUGAUGCGCAAUGCUAAGGACACACUUCUACGCUUGCUGGCGCAUGAAAAUGAGCAAGUCAGAGCCAUUGCCUACCAAUCGUGCUUGGAAAUCGUAACGGGUGCAAUGAGUGACAGUCAUGUGACAAAUCCACUUUCUACUGCCUACAAGCAUGCACUGUUAUUGAUUGACACUGAUGUCUUGUACGAAAUUGCUGCUUUUGGAUUGGAAAGUACCAAUAAGAAGAUAAAAAACUAUGCUGCUAAUAUAUUAGUUGCACUGCUAUUUGGUCGCUUGAACAUGCCAGCGCAGGUAUGGCAAAGCCUCAUUCACAGUAUUAGCCCUACGCUUCCAGUGCUUCAGUGCUUUGCUUCCGCUGACAAGGCUUUGGAAAGAGGCCUAGCAGCAAUAGCGGACGCUACGAAUACCAUGCUGACCGCAGAUGGCCGGAGUUACUUACUGCCUCCUCUUGAACAGCUGAGAGCCUCGUUGCGAUUCAUGUUUGUAAAGAAUGAGCACAUACGGGCCAGAGGGUUCUCUAGUGUCAUCUGGACGCUCACGCAAGAAGACAACAAAGAAGGCAAACCAGCCAGAUAUCGACAUGAAGCAGUCGAAAAUGCCGCGGAUAUGUUUCUUGUUGGUCCAGUAUUGUCAUCAAAGUAUCAGCAGGCUGGCACGAUACCCACUGGUUUUGCAGGCUCAAAACUCGAGCAUCUGUGGGAUGUGUUUGUAUCCGAAUCUUUAGAAGAAUCUCUAAGAGAAUCAGCUGCUGAACAAUUGGCUAUACUGGCGCAAGAUACCAGUCUACACAAACAACUCCUCGACCAAGAUGCUGAUAAAAUUCUGGUUGCAAAAUUGCAUUCUCAAAUCAGGAAAAUUGGUUCAUAUUCCUCAGUGCCAGCUACUCCUGGCCUAAAGAUGAUAGUUUCCUGUGUCACUAUAUUGAAGCAUAUUGUACAGCACAACAGCACAAUUCGCCAUGCGUUGGCCGUGGACAAAUCAUUGUACCUUGAUAUUUUCAAAUGCAGACUGAUAUUUCACGAGGUUGAGUCAGUGCAUUUUGAAACGAGUUGCCUUAUCGCAUAUCUUGUAUUUGAUGAAGUCAUCAAGGGAAAAAACAAUUCCCUUCCAGCUUUGGUUGCUAAAAGGUAUGCAUUACCACUAGAUCUGCCAACAUACGAGAUAUCAACAGAACACAGAGAAAAGCCUUGCUAUUUAACUACGGAUCAAAUGCAUAUUCUGAGGGAUGAGCCAUUCUCUUCAAUGAUUCGGAUCAGCUGGAAUGUCAUAGAGGCAGGAGGUCCGGCUAAUGUCCAGGUUGAAAGUAGCAGUGAAUGUUUGCGGAACUCCAGUCAAGCCUUGAAAUUAACAGAUAAUGAAGCGAAACUUCUUAAAGAUGGUUUGCCGCAUGCUCUCAUGAACAAGAAUUCAGAGAUUUUGAAGAAAUCUGAAAAUCUAGGAAUGAUCAUAAAAGCAAUUAAAGAGUUAAAGAAAGAGAUCAUGGCAAUCAUAUGCCAACUCAAUGCAUAUCCCUGCACCGGGAGAAAGGAUUUUUUCAGUAUGCAUUAUGCAGACUUCUUUGCCACUGUGCAGGAUCCAAACUUAUUUAAAAGACUGUAUCAGAUCUUGGACAAAAAGACGUCGUCUCUCCACUACCUUUUUAAAUUUUGCCAGCUUCUAAAUAUGAUUGAUACGAAAUUGUCACUAGCCACAACAGCCGAUAUACUGAGACCUCUUCUCCAAUAUGGUGGCGAUCCCACUGGAGUUAUCUCAGGUUAUGUUCUACUCCGAACACAACAAACAGAAACAAGCAGAAGUGAAGGAGAAACAUACGACUUGAAGAAUGAGGACAGGUCUUUAUUCAAAAGCAUUCUUGCCCUGGUCUCUCUGCUGAGUAUUAAACUAAACGCUGGUGAUGGAUCGCAACAACUUCAUGGAAUAGGCGACUUUAUCUUACUGGUUGUGCAAAGCCUAAGUAGGGUUGGCUCCACAAGCUACUAUGAUUUACCUGUUCUUGAAAUCACAUUAGACUGCCUAUCCCAUAUCACCUACAGAAAAGGCUGGAGUUUGCAGUUUGCAGGCAGUGGAGAGGAGCUUUGCAACCUCAUGGCUGAUCUUUUUAUACAGAUUCUGCAUUCAUUCCAUGUCGAUCGGACUGGUGUUUCUACUUCAUUCAUGGGAAAAGGAGUUAUUACCAAAGUCGCAACGUGCCUGUGUCAUGUUGCAAUGGAAACCCAGGCAUUCUGCAAAGAUAAGGACUGGACGGCUAGCUGGAUACUACAAGAUAACGCACAAACGUUUGAUGGGGUAUUAGAGAAUACCCUUCCCUGGCUGUUACCUUUAUUAACCGAUAGAAGUUUAGAUAUAAGGUGGUGUGGUUGGGCCUUAUCAACGGCUCUAUUAAACGGUUCUGCUGGUGCUGAAAGCGUUGUGAAUGAAUUUCAAAUUUACCCUGGUGGUGUUUGGGCAUCUGCUGUGGGAGUGAUACUUGAUAACCAUGAGAAUUCACUUAUCAGGAGCCAGGCAUGUAAAUUGAUUGUAACGUCUUUGUCAAAACUUAAACGUUCCAAAGAAUCAACGUCUUAUGAUUUUUGGGAAAACAUGGUUGUGCAAGAUACACAGAGCCAGACAAACAUCACUGGCUUUCCUGCAUUCCUUCUUCUUUUGGAUCAUUUUAACUUCUUCAGCAAAAUCAAAGAUAUUUUGAUUUGGGAAUCAGCUACUAAGCACGCUUCCACGCUGCAAUCUGCAUACCAGAAUGUUUCUACGUCAUGUUCCUCACAAAGAAGUGACACUGACCAGGACUAUGAACGCAUAUCUGACUGCAGUCAUGAUGACGAAAGCUCGGACAGUGUUCCCACAAGUGUUACUGCCUCGAAUACUAAAAGCAGCAUCACGGAGGAUGCCAAAGGUUCAUCUUCCGAAUGCCUGCUGUUGUCAUCCAUAGACAGUUUAUCAGAUUCAUCCCAACAUCAUCAAAGCGUUUUCCGUUUUAGUGUAUCAAAGCAAGAAGAAAGAACGGUGCUGAGGACAAUCGAUAAUCGGGGUCAAUGUAGCAGCACAAAGCUAAGGUCAUCUUUGUUUCAGCUCAUUGGCAUGUUGGCUGAAUGUGAUGCUGAAAAUGUGAUUUUAAGCCUCCAGACGAAUGGCCUGCUUGAAAUGAUUACAAGGUUUAUGGAUGCAGGUUUUGUUGCCAAGUACACAACUCGCUUGUCGCAAAGCACGCCAAAGACUUCGAACUUAGCCCAAAGCUUUCUAGAAAAUGCGGAAUUAGCCGGGAAUAUUCUCAAAGUUGUCAACCUUUUAAUCUCAAAUCACAAAGCAUUUGCGUUGAAGUUGCAAGGCGAUGUGCAGUUUUCUUCACAGCUUAUGUCACUGUUUGAAAUAGAUGCAGAAUUUACGUCGAGUUCAUCUUUAGCAAGUCAAGCCCUCUACAAGGUAUGGAACGAAGCUCUCAGACUUUUGAUCAAGAUAUGCUCACGUGAUCAGAGCAUGGAACAAAUGAAAAUCGAGGCUUACGUCAUAAAAAACCUCAGUCUUGUUGCAGUGUCUUACUAUCAGGUGGUGUCAGCAGGGAAACUGGCAAAAAGCACAGUCAGCUUGUUUCUACUUCUAUUCAGUUGCAUUUUUGGUAGAGAAAGCAGACGAAAGUGUAAUCAUAGAACUGUACCUCAAGCUCUAGAGGGUGGAAGUGAACUGCUGUCUUUCUGUAAACAAAGCAAGGAGUUUCACGAGAAAGCUGCUUUCACGCUAGGAGAGUUCUUUUGCAAAAUAUUUCUAGAUCAGCUAAACAGGUCUAUGAGUAUUGGACAGGAUAAGAAGACUGUUUUAUCGGCACUGUCGCUGCUCUUUGUUUUGAGCACUAGUUCGAAACAGUUUGCGCUGGAAAAUGGAUUCUUAGAGUCUACAAUGGAAGAUGUAAAAGAUAUUCAUGUUAAACUGAAUUUAGCCUCGUUGCAAUUUGAGAAGGAAGGCGCUCACAAAAGGAAGGAAAAGUCAUUGUUGCUUGUGGUUGCAGAAAUUUUUGGACUACUUCGAAAUCUGUUACACUCAAGCACUGACACAAAGAAUGCAGCUGUCAAAUCUGGACUGUUGAUGUCGAUUCAAAAGAUGUGGUCUUGGUGUCUCAUCGAAAAACAAUUAAAACUAGCAAUCCUCGAGAUUCUUUGUACCCUGUCUUCCAACUGCCCGAAAGCUAUUGAAAUGAUAUGCCAUGGAAACUCGACCACUUUGCAAAGAACGGUACAUGAUGAAAAUUUCUUGUUUCAAAACAUUCUAAAGCUUCUGAUCCGUUUGCAUAAAGAUUGCAUGGCUCCAACUGGAAAAAUUGAAAAUGCAACGAAAACCUCUUUUUUGCUUGUGACCAAUCUAAUUGUCAUUUCUGAUUCAAGAUCAAUUAUAUGGAAGAGCAAUUUCUUGCAAAAUUUCAAAAGCUGUCAAAUUGGACAGAGUGCUAAUAAAAAGCAAAAGGUGGCGUCAAAAAUUCUCACAGCCUUGUGGAUACAAUUUCUUCUGGUUUUAUCCUUUUACAGCGAUGGGGCCCAAGCUAUACUCAAAGUGAAUGACAUGCUCUCAACCAUAAUUGCCAUUGCUUCCGAGGAGCAACAUCGAGAGAGACAAAGAUGCUUGCUGAUUCUUCGCAACUUGCUUCAUUUUCCAGCUAACAAACCCUCUCUUAUUACCAACACCCAACUGACGUCAUGCCUUCUGAAAGGGCUUGGUACCGAGUCAAUAUGGACACGCGCCAUGGUCGUGACUUGUUUUGCGUCUUUGCUCCGCAACUGUCACAAGGCCAAAGUUGCACUAAAGAGGACAAAUCUUUUGGCAAAAUUGCAGCUAAUGAAUGAGGAGGUGAUCUCAGGCAAGAUGUUGACCAUUAAUGGUGACGCUAAAGGCUAUGAAAAGCUAAAAAUCUCACUAGAUAGGACGAUAAAAUUCUUAUCUAAAUGAAAUUUGAUUUGUGCCUUUGUUCAGCUGUUUAUUGCUUUAAAACUGUGAAUAAAUAAACGAUCUAUGUUGUAAAUAUCCUUUUUCUAAUAAUCUGCUUGUAUAUAUGUUUCAGUUUUUGUAAAUUUUUUAAGAUGAAAAUUAUUUGUGGACGUUCUUUUUAUGUCGCAAGUUUGAUGACGUUCCAGUGCAGCCUGUAUUAUUUGAAACCCCACUUUUAGAACAAUUAUACCGUAACUUAUGAACAUAGAUCAUUUUCUCCUAUA